AAUUGACUGAAGGGGAACUACCAAGCAACUGCAUUCAUUUCCCCAAUAUGCUUUACAACAGUAUUUUUCUGAGUACCACAGUUGAGAAAUUUCCUCUGACAGCUGACCCUACCAAUUUGCUGCCAUCAUUGUCAUAUUUGUCCGAAACGGAUAAAAAAUAAUUUAGGCCAAAGGUCAUAGAUGUCUGUUUUUAUUUGGAUUUCUUGAAUUAUUAAUUUUAUCUAUGCUUUGAACGGUGGACAAUGAUGCAAUGGCAUAAGGUAAGAGGGUGACAAUUAUGAUGAUUCCUUUCCAUCUUUAUAUGAUUGUUUUUUUUUUCAGUGUAAUUAUAUGAUUGUUCAUUCAUUGUCAUAGAUGCAGAUAUAAAAGCCCCUGCAGAAUUAAGGAUCAUUGUCCCCAUGUGCCUUCUGCCUUUCACAGACAUUUAAUAAAAAUCUUAUUGUUGAUUAUGGCAUCCCCUUCGCUGUCAAAAAGGGUUUCUAGCUUGGAAUCUGCAGAUUAGAGAGUCUUCCCAAGAUUCUUAAUCGAAGGUGCACUCUGAAAGGCAAGAAAAUUCUAUAUGUUUUGAGGUCAGAUUUUGGACUUGGAGCAGUAGACACAAGGAUUUUGUUGCUGAGAUACAGCACUUUCCUUGGAGAUUCUGAGUACUUUUAAAAGAGGUUUGUAUGAAGGAGAUUGUGAUUAAUAGAGAACUGAAUUAAAAACAGUGAUUUUCCCUGGUUUGAACAGUUUUUCCUUCUAAAAGCUUUAGCAUUAGGGAUGUUUGAUGGAGGCAUGACUACGUCUUUCUAUACUGUAAACUACCCGCCAGUUCUAGUUAAUUUGAGUAAAAACAGAACCCAGCUUAGAACAAGAUCCAAUCCAUCUUUUUUGGUACAAACGUCUUCAGCUCUUCUACAAACCAAUGAGAGUGGAAAUCUACCUGAAUCUAAAAAGAUAUCAGGUUCCUGUUCCGCGCUAUUUAAAUGCCAGGUUCAGAAUUCCCUGCUUAGACAAGCAAAUAGUGUAGGUAUUAUUGGAGGGGUUUCUGUUUUGUCCACUCUUAUUUUCCUGGAGAAACUUGUGUGGUGGAGCUCGAGAAAUGGAGAACAAUGUGUUCCUUUUGUUGUCUGCAGUGAUCCAGCCUUAGACGGGUGCCUUAUCUCUCAAGCUUCAAUUCAUUGGUCUUCUGGUGAAAUUGCUCGAAAGGAAGUAAAUCACGAACCUAUUAUCGAGAAUCUGAGGCACAAAAGAGUAUUUCUUGAGCAAUCUGGAGUUUGCUGCAUAGUUAUGCCAUGCCAUAUCUCAAACGCAUGGCAUGACGAGAUAUCUGAGGGCUGCUCACUGCCAUUUUUUCAUGUUGGUGAAUGUGUUGCCAGGGAGCUCAAGGAAGCGAAAUUGAAGCCACUGGAUGCUGGGAGUAAUGUGCGGAUUGGGGUGCUUGCCACCCGUGAAACUAUAGCUGCUGGUUUUUAUCAGGAAAAACUACGGAAGCAGGGCUUUGAAGUUGUUUUGCCAGACAAGGCAACCAUGGAACACAUUCUAAUUCCUGCAAUUGAAUCAUUGAAAAAAAGGGACAUGGAAGGGGCUCAGAAUCUCUUAAGAAUAGCAAUCCAGGUGCUUUUGAUCAGGGCUGUGAAUGUUGUAAUCCUAGCUUCUGAUGAACUGCAAACUCUUUUACCUCGAGAGGAUCCUCCUAUGAAAAAAUGCAUCGACCCUAUGGAUGCUUUGGCCAGGUCAACUAUAAAAUGGGCUAAAUCUGCAAAGGUGUAUAAGAAAACAUGAACAAUUAAGACUACUUGGGAGCACACUGCCAAAACGUGUGAAAGAAAACUCUUGCUCGUGUGAUAGAAACUCUUCUGUAUUAUAGGAGUAUCUUUCUAUCAGAAGUGCAAGCGGUCUUGUUUAUAUUAUCGUGUAAAUGUCAAUAAAGGGAGUAUAACAGAUGAAUAUCAUUAUACCAAAAAUUAAAAGUAAGACCUGUUUUCCAGACACUAACUGCCCUGCUUCUAAUUAUAGAACUAACAUUUGCAUUGCUGCAUAGUCAAUGAAAUUUAUUAAACGAAGAGAAUAAUGCAUACUGAGUUGUUUUAAAUAUGAAGAUUAACAAAAAAUGCCUAUAUCAAGUCCCAGUCAGGCAUCUGACUUCUGACAGUUGACAAAUCACCUUCACAGGAUGUGUAAUUAAUCAGUAAUAACCUGAUAAAGCAAAUGGGUAAUUCCUGUGUACCUUGAAUCAUGCUUCUCAGUUUUGCCGGUUGAAAUA